UUGAUGAACUUCCAAAGUUUCUACUAAAAUACUAAUAUUACAAAAAAUUACGUCUGCUAUCUACUCACCCUUUAUAAAAUACUUUUUACUACUAAACUGGCUGUAAUUUUUUCAGAACUCUCACCGCUGAUAAAAAGUUCUAGUACUAGGUGUUCUGAGUGCUAGCCAUUGCUGAUGAUAAGGAACAUUUACAGUGUAAAAUUCACAGAAUUUUAGUAUUUGUAUUGUAUAAAUUGGGUAAUCCAAGGGGAUACCGAUGAACCUCAUUAUUAGCAUAAUUUCGUGUUAAUUAUACUAAUAAAGGUUAUAAAAGCGAUUUUGUUGAAAAUAAGAGUGACAGAAAUUCCAAAGCCGCAGAGCUAGACAGACGUGUUCGAAAUCUCUUACCAAGUGAAUUUUUUCUUAAGUUUCCUGACCUCACUUUGAGGACUGCUGUUAUUUUUUUAAAUAAUAUUUUAAUUGUAAAUUCGCGCUGGAAUAUGACGCUCAAAUAUUUUUCAUUCCAACACUGCAUUAUGUGGACGCGUUUCCUCAUUCUCCUGCUGUUGGCUCUAACGCCACAGGCUAUAAUAAGUGUGAAGCAGCGCGAUCUUGAAACCGUCUAUCAAUGGAAACAGCUUGUGUAUGGCUUUGCUACGCCAGCCGAUCGACAACACGCGCAAUCUAAUGGAUAUUUGGUGCCAGAAAAUGGCACACCCAUCGAUGUGGCGACACACCAGCAAGCAAAGGGUUCACGUGUCUUCGUCACAAUACCCAGAUUUCAAACAGGCAUUCCCUACACACUGGCGGUGGUGAGUGACAGUAAUGAAGCUAAUGGUCCAGUUUUACAACCAUAUCCGGAUUAUAGUUAUCAUAAUGCACACGGCAGGGAUUGUAAUAAAAUUACAUCGGCAUUUCGUGUAGCGAUCACAGAGUGCAAUCAAAUGUUCGUCAUAGACUCGGGCGUUAUUGGCAUGACCCAACAUUGUCCGCCACAGCUACUCGUUUUCGAUUUGAAUACGGACACUUUGUAUCACCGCUAUCGUUUCGAAUCGAGCAUGUACGUGCCGAUCGCCUCGCUACUCAUUACACCACUCGUUGUCGUGCAAGAUCCUCCACCAAAAGGCCGUUGUCGACGCCUACACGUAUACAUUGCUGAUGUCACGCAUCAUGGUCUCGUUAUUUACGACUCCGAGUUGAACACCGCAUGGCGUGCUGAGAAUAAAUUUAUGUACCCCGAUCCCGAUCAUGGUCAACAUACGAUAGCAGGCGAUAAUUUCAUACUGAUGGAUGGCAUGUUUGCUUUGGCCACCGAUCAACGUCAACUCUAUUUCCAUCCAUUGGCCAGCAUCAGUGAGUACGCCGUGCCGUUGAGUGUAUUAAACAAUCGCACUAUGUGGAUGGAUAAUUUGGAGGCAAUGCCAGAAGCAUUCCGCUUGGUGGGCAGACGUAGUAGUGAAUGUGCCGCGCAAGCGAUGGAUAGUCAUAGGAAUCUCUAUUGUGUUACAUUCAAUCCAAUCAAAUUGAUCAGAUGGAAUCCGAGUAAGCCGUAUAAUGUGAAAUAUGAAAUAGAAGUGCCGGCAGAUCCACAGCUGCUGGAGUUUGUCAGCGGCAUGAAGGUGUUCAAAAACGAUGCGGGGAAGGAGGAAUUAUGGAUGAUAUCGAAUCGAUAUCAGAAAGUCGCCACAGGCACCUUGACCGACAGUGAGGUGAAUUUCCGUGUAGUGCGUCGGCCACUUGAUGACAUACAAUCGCAACAUCCACCAAUACAAGAUCUAAGCCAGAGACUGAUUUUUACUUAAAACUGCAGAAACUUAACUGGAAUUAAUAAAAUUUAAUUUUAAUAUUUAUACUUUCAAAAAUUCGGCCAGAUAUUAAUAAGAAGGCUAAUAUUUAGUAUGGGAAAAAGAAACUGGUUUUCAAAUCGGAACUGAGUACAAAUAAGAUUAUGGCAGCGACAUGUUUCUCCAAAAAUUUUUUUUUUU